UUAGAAACCCAGUUGUAAGAAAAGACAAAGGUGCUCCAUCAAGAAGAGGGAAAAGAAAAAGCUCUAUUGAAACAUCACAAAAAUCACAUAAAAAAUCAAAAUGUAGAUAUUGGAGAAGUAAACAUAAAUCAAGUAACUUGGAAAAUAAUGAAAAAUUAGGAAAUAGAAAUACAACAAAUUUACAUAAAACUUAUAAUUGUGUCAUUAUGGGAAUAGGUUUGGUGUUGAAUGCCAAUGAA